AUGCAGGAAGAUAAGAGGGACGAUCUGGGAGACCUGAACAUUAUCGUUGUUAAGGAAGAGGUGAAAGAGGAGGAAAUUACGACACCAGUGACGGUGAAAGAAGAGGACGUUUCCCCAGAGAUCAGCACUGAUAAUGAAGACAGCAGCAGAACCUUUGCAAGUCUUCUUAUUUUAUCUCACGUUUCUGAGCCUGAAGAUGAGGACACCAUAGAAGGUUCUCCCAGAGAAGACCCAGCCAUCCCAUACAAGGCAGACGAAUCAGCAGAUAAUAUUGGGAGAUUUCCCAGCAAAUGUGGGGAAUGUUUCACUGGGUUAUCCGCUCUCCUCGAACAUCAUCAAACUCACACAGGCGAGGGCUCAUUUAUAUGUUUGACCUGCGGGAAAUGUUUUAAGGCAGACUCGGAGCAAGGCUCAACUGGCAAAAACAACUUUUCAUCCUCAGAGUGUAAAGAAUGUCUUUCGCAGAAACCGAGUCCGGGGCAGAAGAGAGCUCACCUCGGUGAGAGGCCCUUCAUCUGUGCCGAGUGCCGGAGAUGUUUCGCCUGGCAGUCGACCCUCGAUAGACACGAACUGACCCACUCUGGGGAAAGGAGGUUUCAUUGUCUAGAGUGUGGAAGAAAUUUCGAAUUCCGGUCAAAGUUCAUACAACACCAGAGGAGCCAUACUGGUGAGAAGCCUUUCCCAUGUUCGGAGUGUGGGAAAUGUUUCUCCUGCCCGUCCCAGCUUCGCAAACAUCAGAGGACUCAUUCUGACGUCAAGUUUUCCUGCCCAGAGUGCGGGAAGUCCUUUCGGCAAAAGUCGCGGCUCCGGGCCCACCAGACCAUCCACAGAGGGGAGAAGCCUUUCGCCUGUUCGGAGUGCGGGAGAUGCUUUAUUGCGAAAGCAGACCUGGUCAGCCACGUGAGGGUUCACACGGGGGAGAAGCCUUAUUCCUGCCCGGAGUGUGGGGAAGGCUUUGCCUGGUCUUCCCACCUCCGGAACCAUCUAAAAAUUCACACCGUAGAGAUGCCCUUUUCCUGUACGGAAUGUGGGAAGGGCUUCAUGGACAAGGCGUCACUCAUCCGACACCAAACCACUCACACGGGCAAGAAGCCCAUCACCUGCACAGAGUGCGAGAAAGGCUUCUCAGACAGGUCGUACCUUUACCGCCAUCGCAGAAUCCACACGGGGGAGAAGCCGUUUUCAUGCUCAGAGUGCGAGAAAGAAUUUGUAGACAAGUCAAACUUUAUCAGACAUCAGAGGCUUCACACUGGCGUCAAACCGUUUUCCUGCUCAGAGUGCGGGAAAUGUUUCUCACAGACUUCGCACCUCGUCAGUCACUACAGAGUUCACACGCGUUAA